GUUAUUUUGUUUAUGAUGUGUGGUUAUUUCUUCUUUUUUGUGUAUAAAUUCCCAUAUUGGUGAUAAUUCCGUUAAUGUGGGGGUAAAUCAGGAGCGCGAGAGCCAGUCUCCAGUUACGCACAGCCACAUCCGUGCGCAAAGAGGAGAAGCACGCACCAUGCUGUUCCAUUUGGAGAAUCCCUGCAACAUCACGGGGAAAAACUGCACCGAGGACUUGGAUGAGACGCAGCAGCUCGAGACCGUGAACAUGAGCGUGAAGAGGAACGACACGGAUCCGUUUGGACGGAACGAGGAGGUGGCAAAGAUCGAGAUCACCGUGCUGAGCCUCGCCUUCCUGGCUGCCGUGGUUGGGAAUCUGAGCGUGCUUUUAGCCAUGUACAGGACGCGGAGGAAGCUAUCGCGCAUGCACCUGUUCAUGAAGCACCUGAGCCUCGCGGACUUGGUGGUGGCUUUCUUCCAGGUGCUGCCGCAGCUCUGCUGGGAGAUCACCUUCCGCUUCUACGGUCCGGACUUCCUCUGCAGGAUCGUGAAGCACCUGCAGGUCCUGGGCAUGUUCGCCUCCACCUACAUGAUGGUGAUGAUGACCCUGGACCGCUACAUCGCCAUCUGCCACCCGCUGCAGACGCUCCAGCAGCCGACGCAGCGCGCGCACAUCAUGAUCGGCUCCACGUGGCUGUGCAGCCUGGUCCUGAGCACCCCGCAGUACUUCAUCUUCUCCCUCAGCGAGGUGCACCCCGGCUCGGCUGUGUAUGACUGCUGGGGUCACUUCGUGGAGCCGUGGGGGGUGCGCGCCUACAUCACCUGGAUCACCCUGGGGAUCUUCCUCGUGCCCGUAGCCGUGCUCGUGUUCUGCUACGGACUCAUCUGCCACACCAUCUGGAAGAACCUGAAGUACAAGACUCGGAGGAAGAGCGCGAGCGUGAGCGCAGUGGCAGAGGCCAAUAAGACCGGGAUCCUGGGCAGGAACUCGGUGAGCAGCGUCAGCACCAUCUCACGCGCCAAAUUACGCACGGUGAAGAUGACUUUCGUGAUCGUGCUGGCGUACGUGGUGUGCUGGGCGCCUUUCUUCACCGUGCAGAUGUGGUCAGUGUGGGACGAGAACUUCUCCUGGGACGACUCCGAAAACGCCGCCGUCACUCUCUCCGCUCUGCUCGCCAGCCUCAACAGCUGCUGCAAUCCUUGGAUCUACAUGAUCUUCAGCGGACACCUGCUCUCGGACUUCGCCAGCAGCGUGCCGUGUUGCCGUCCGCUCAGGAACAAGUUCACCCACCAGGACUCGGACAGCAGCAUCCGGAGAACGACGCUGCUCUCGCGUCUGCAGGGUCCGCGCCUCUCUGAGCCGUUUAGAGACCUCAACCCCGGCCCUAAGACCUGCCAGUCUGCUUCCUGACCACCGGGAACAGCGUCUGCUUAUGUGUGAGGAGAAACCAUGAACGGACCUUUAUUUGCUCUGAGGCCGUCACACCUACACUGUUUUACUUGGUGGCAUUUUUUCGGUUGUUUAUGUUCACAUGGCCGUAAUCACUCUUCUUUGUCUGCCAGAUCAGAUGGAGUCCAAACAAGUCCAGUGACUUUAGCAGUUAGUAUGAUAGGAUCUCUGCUGUAAUUUAACUCCUCAAAUAUGUGAAAAGUUAACCAACAUGACCAUUUGUCAUCGCUGGGAUUCAUUACGUGACGCAGAAGGAAACUACUGGCUCUCAUUUGUCAGUGCACAUGUUUUCAUAAACAGAAACUAGACGCUGUGGGGGUCAGAGCCGGUCUGUUCAAGUCUGGGUCAGUUGGAUCGGUUCCAGUCUGGGUCAGCUGGUGAUGACAGCCGGCAGAUAAAAUCAAGACCUGUAUGAUAUGUAGAAGGUUUAGACUUUAAUCUUCAGAUCCUGCUGCUGUCAGACAUUUCCUACAUGCAUUUUAAAGCAGCCUGAUAUCUAAAGGAAGCCUCCAACCCUGACGACUGCAGAUACGUUCCCCCAGCCUCUAAUGAUCAGGAGAGCCUCCUCGACCCUCAGACACCUGACACAUCAGACCAAGAUGAGGAGCUCACGGUGUGCAUUCUAACAACAAACUGUAUAAAGAAUGGACAGCUGAAUACUUUGCUUUAAAUGAAGCCAAAAGAUCAGAGCUCCCCCUACAGGCUGGCUGCAAUAAAUACAACAAGAGUGGCACAUUAAAGAGUUAAGCACGUUUCAAAAAAAAACUUAUCUUGCAUCACUAAAAAAAUCAUUUCUUUGUCGCAAACAUGCUUUUAAAUUGAGAUGGUGAUCAAGAGAAUAAACCGUGUGGGGUAAAGGACCGAGUAAAGAUGAGCCGUCCUCCAACGAGCCUCCUCAACUAAACGGCUCUCCAACGUGAGCCACUGUAGCUAGCUCCUGUUUGAGUGCCAGUUUCCUGUCCUCCCUCUUUUAUUUCACCCACAUUUAAAAGGCCCAACUGAACCAGCUCUACUGUACGGUGGAGUAUCAGGACCACACAAAGAGAAAAAAAAGAUUAAAGAAUUUUUUUUGGUCAUAAUAUUACAAGAAUAAAGUCAUAAUAUUAUGAGAAAAAAAGUUGUAAUAUUGUGAGAAUAAAAUAUUAGAAGAAAGAAAGUCUACCGG